UGAGAUAUUAGCAUUGUGACGUUUCCUAAAUUAUGACGUCAUAUACAAUCUAAGAUAGCUUUCUUUGUAAAAUACAUACGUCCUUACAUAGGCCUACAUCGAAAAUCCACCACAGAAAUACAUUUUGGGGGAAAUAGAAGAUUUUAAGGAUCUCUCAAGAAGAAAGGACAUGUCAAAGCUGGUGGUGCUGGUCUGUGGCGGGGGUAAUGGCGCCCACACGGCGGCUGGUCUCUCAGCCUCUCGCGAGAAUACGGAGUCACGUGUCCUGACUUUAUUCAAGGACGAAGCCGAGAGGUGGACUAACAUGAUGAAGGAGAAUGAUUUCACUGUGCAGGUGAAUGACCCAAAUACUAAUAAAUGCACAUACAUCAAAGCUAAACCAAAAAUUGUGUCCAAAGAUCCAGCGAAGGUGGUGCCAGGAGCGCAUUUGAUUAUUUUCACGAUGCCAGCUUUUGCUCAUCCAACCUACUUCGAAGCUAUUAGGCCUCACCUGGAGGCCGGUGCCACAGUCGUUGGAAUGCCAGGACAACCUGGGUUCGAGUUUCAGUGCUUCGACAUCUUAAAGGACAAGGCUAAAUCCUGCACGAUCAUGUCAUUCGAGUCUCUCCCAUGGGCAACACGUAUUUUGGAAUUUGGUAAGACUGUCGAGAUACUAGGUGCAAAGGAAUCACUUAUGGGAAGUAUAAUAAAAGGGAAAACUAAGCCAUCCCAUGAUCCACUGCAGAGUAUGCAAAAGAUCGUUGGACUUCGCCCAGUCUUAAAGCAGACGAGCAAUUAUAUAGAGCCCUACUUGUUAACAAAAGCAAUAGUCCACCCGCCGAUUAUGUAUGCAAGAUGGAAGGAUUGGGAUGGAAAACCCCUUGACAAAGAGCCGCUGUUUUAUCAAGGCGUGGAUGAGAUGGGAGCAAAAUACCUGAGUGGCGUGGCAGAUGAAUUAAUGGAAACCGCUAAGGCUUUCCAAAAGAAAAACCCAAAACUGGAUAUGUCUCACGUGAUCCACCUAACAGAUUGGUACCGACAGGACUAUGCAAAGGACAUCAAGGAUAAGACGAAUCUGAAGACAUGCCUGCAUACAAAUGCUGCCUACGAUGGACUUGUUCACCCUAUGAUAGAGAAAGAUGGGAAGUUUAUGCCGAACUUUAAAUACCGAUAUCUGGUGGAAGACGUGCCCAAUGGAUUAGUCGUCACAAAGGGUCUGGCCCUCAUUGCUGGAGUGAAAACUCCCUAUACUGACGAGGUUCUACUGUGGUGCCAGAAGACGAUGGGAAAGGAAUACAUGGUGGAUGGUCAGCUCAAGGGAAAGGACAUCAAGGACUCGAGAUGUCCUCAACGUUAUGGUUACAACACAAUUGAUGACUUGGUCAGUAUUCUUUAAGCUGACGCAUGCCAUUCAACACCACGAUAAAUGGUGCGAUGUUAUGGGAUGAUAUUGCAAAACUGCCUGUAGAUAUUUACAUGUAACUAUAUUCAGUUUCAAGUGGUGACAAACACUUUCGAUCGUAACGUUUGUAUAGUUUAGUUAAUAAGCUAUACAUUUACGUCAAGGAAAGUUGAACUUAGAUGGAAUUGCUUUAAAACAUUCUGUCUCGAUUAAUAUUGUUAUUGUUUUCAGUCAUUUUGUUCAGUGUACGUCCAACAUUGUACUUUAAUGAUUAUAAAGAAUGGUUUCAUUGUUUGGCUUAAUAUAUAAUUAUACCAUUUUUCAGUCAAAUAAAAAAAGUGUCUUCAUG